AGGAGAAUCCUUGAUAGCCCUUCUGCACACUCUUCAACCCAAAUCAACCGUUUCGAACAACCAUGUCAGUCGAGCAAGCACGAUACGAAAAUGGAGCAGAGUUAGAGGCGCUCAUGGCCACCUUGGCCUCGGCGCUCUUCGGUCCUGAAGAUAGUCCGGUCAGCAGUGAAGACAACAGCCCGGUCACCAGCGAAGAUGAUGUGGCUGUGUUCCACAGUACCGAAUGUGAUAACAGAUGCGCUUGGGCCAGGCUCUAUGAGGAUCGCGACGACCGAGAAUACAUCAGAACGAUGGGGGUUGAUGUACGAACCUUCGAGGAGCUGCUCAUCCCCUUCUCGGCACGCUGGUAUGAAGAACCGAUCCCAUGGGCAGACCAUGCAGUCCCAGAGGGCGAGGCCCAGAUGGAUCCAGACGAUCCGGCUGGAUCACUCGGCUUGGUCUUACACUGGCUCUGCUCAACAAUGCACGACUCCACUCUCGAACGACUAUUUGCAAUCUCGCCCCGGGCCUAUGCUCAAUCCCUCAGAAGGGGCAUCAACUCACUCCUCGCCGUCCUCAAACACCAUCCAAGCGCUAGAAUCCGUUGGCCGACUAGAGAAGAAAUCUUCCACGAAUAUAGCAUGUCGAUCGAACAAAAAUAUCCUGAACUCAAAAAAGCUUUCGGGUUUUCGGUCGGUUUCAACCUGCCGAUCAGCAUACCGGGGGAAUAUGACGUAGAGGAGACAUACUAUAACGAACGAGCCGACAGAUACUAUUACCGUAAUAUCUUCACAUUUGCGCCCGAUGGAACUAUACUCGAUGUGGUCUUGAUGAUACCCGGAGGACGGGACGAUGGCAGCCGAUCGGUAGAAGGGUUUUAUGAAAAGUUACUCGAGAAGACUCCAGCGGGAUAUCGACUAAUUAGCGAUAGCGGAUUCCCGAGCCAAUCGAAGCGUCUUCGAAGUCAGAUCCUCGCCCCAAUCCAACAACGCAGCCAAUUGCCCGAACCACCUCGCACGUUGUCUCGAAUCAAAACAUUCAACGAACAAGUCGUGUCGACUCGACAGGUCACAGACUGGACCAAACACAUCAUUCUGGACUCCUUCGAAAGGCUGAGAGAACCAAUGUCUCUGGACUCAGCCAAAGAGCAGCUAGAGGCCUUGCAAAUGGCCUCCCGCCUGCACCAAUUCCGUUGGCGUUUGGCCCAGACUGAGCGUACUAAAGCUACCUACCAAUCCGUCUGGGAUGAGAAUCAACUUCCAGAACUCGAUCUUGAUCAAAAGGCGCUCUAUGAGAUACAACCACCUUGUCACGUUCGUCUAUACUAUCAACAGCAGUACCGGUUGACAUAUUGAGUACGGUAUUAACGCAUUCGUGCAUGGUUUGAACGAAGAACCACAAAAAAAAUAUGCCUGAAAGUUCGGUCAAAACAAUUCUGUUUUAUUUCCAACGUCGUUGUUGCAAUCAAUUUAUAUGUUAAUUUGUUAAAUUGUAUUACCUUGUAAAAACUUAUUUAUCACUUGCUCUUGAAUGUCACACGUCCAGGCUUUUACAAUGAAUAUGAAGGAAUUGAUUUCACAUGGUUUCACAGUUUGUAAACCAACUUACAAGA